AUCGAAAUCGACAAAAUCGAAAAAAAAUUAUGGCAGUCCUUGGCGGGGGCCUUCAGGGCACCCCCUCCGGGACCCCUUUCGAUUCUGACACACUCAAGCAUACCGUCGCGGCUAGCUCGAAAAGGUCCGAGUGUGUCAGAAUCGAAAUGCGAAAUCCCGGCACCCCUCCAGGGGGCACUUGGAUUUUUUUUCGAUUUUGCGAAUUUCGAUCCUGACGCCUCCAUACAACCCGUAGACGUAGUAGAGCCUCUACUGCUCCAUCUCUGCAACGACGGGAAAGAACUCCACGAGGCUGCCCGAGAAACGGCCCCGCACUAUCGAUGACUUAGACUUUUUUAAAUGUUCGCUCCUAGCGUACUAGCGCAUUUUUUUUCACGGUUCUAAAACGGACGUCGAUUUCCACUUCAACUCACUGGAGUUGCUCUGUACGUGUACGAAACUUAAAUAAUCGAACUACCCGCAUCCAUGACUCUGAAGAUUCCAUGUAUGAUCACAAAGGAGUCCGAGUCUCUCUUCGUGGUUUCAAAUUCAAAGUGAUGACGUUGACCGAAAAGCAAAAGUAAUGCGAUAAAAAAGCCGGGCUCUUCCUGCUCGUGUCGAAUCAAAACAAAUGAGCAGUAGCGAUCGCAUUUGCGACAGGAGCUCGUGGAGUGUUCACCAGUUGGUCCGACGAGAUGCAGGAGCUCCUCAUGUUGUAGUCGGCCGGCCGGGAUUGACACGACAAAGUAUCAAGCUGUAGAGAAUAUGAUCUGCACAGGCUCGUAGCUUCUGAGACGAUCAUCGUGGCGAGUUGAUACAUGAAAUUGUCCUACCUUCGCGCUGCACACGCGAAACUCAUGAUGCAGCAACUUGAGCUUCUUUACGUCGUAGGAGUACGAGUAGGAUCAGACAGAAAUGUCACCUCACACGCGGCGGCGCGGCGCCGAAGCAGAUGAGGAUGACGAUGAUCGGAAAAGUCUUAGGAGACGCACGACCAUGGUGGGUGGUCACACAAAACUUGACCUCCUUCUGGAGGCAGCUUGGAAAGAUAAACGACCGUCACUUAGAACCGUCGCGGAGUGUGCGCGCAGCGUGGCUGGAGAAUGCAUCAAGAAUACGAAUGACGACGAGGCAGCGACAGAAAAUGCGAAAAAUCCUCUGAAAAAGCUUUUCGAAGAGGACGAAGACGAUCGGCUUUUUCUGAAGCAGUGUGGAGCCAAGCACGUGGCGCACUUCAGCCCGCAGCGAACGGCAAAACGCGUCAUGGGUGUCGAAAUUUCGGAUGUCUUUAUUCCGACUUCCCCUGCCGCGUGGAACUUCUCCAAGAUUAAGCAGUUAGAGACAGAGGCUCUUCUUGUGGGCAAAUCAGUAGAAGAAGACCUUCAGGAACCGGAAUUCAAAGGGAAGGAUAGGAAACUGGCCCCUUUGAUGGAGUGGAACGACAAUAGAGUUUACGUUCUUGCAAACCUCCACCCCAUCGCGGCGCUGCACAUUCUGUUGAUACCGCAAGGCGUCGGAGAACAAUUUCUCACCGCGGACGGUCUUUUGACAGCGCUGCAAUUUGCGAGAAGAACGGCGCGCCUUCGGCUGACGUUUAACGGGAUGGGGGCUGGGGCAAGCGUCAACCAUUUGCACUGGCAGGGAGUUGCCUGGCCGCAGAAAUGUGGCAUAGAUUCGUUUCCCAGGAAGCCGGUGGUAAGAAUAUCAGACGGUAGUGGUGAAGGAUCAUCGGUUGUGGAAAUAUGCAGGAUUCCUGGAUGGCACUUACAUUCCAUGUGCGAGGUGCGACAGACUGUGGCUUCUAAAUCUAAAUCUGGGAAAGGAUGCGGCCUUGAGAUGUUGAACAAGACAUCCUCAGCAGCGGAUCGCCUACUCCACGCAGUCGUGAUGCGGAUUGUGACGAAUAUGCAACAGCGAAACGUGACGCACAAUGUAACAGUUUAUCCGGGAGGCCUUGCUGAGGAAAGCAACACACUGGAAGACAUCAGCAUCGACAGCCACGAUGAACAAGUCGACAAAGCACUACGUCCGCAGGCGCAACUCCCGGCUUUACGUGUGAUGGUAGCUGCGCGCGAUUUUUUCUGCCCUCAGAGCAAAAACCCAGGAGCCAUGGCCCUCGCGUCUUUGGAAUCUUUGGGCCACUGGAUCAUCCCGAGCAGAGAGAACUUUGAGAGCGCAACUGAGCAGUCUUUAGAUUCAUUGAUGGAGUCACUCAGCAUUCCGGAAGAGGUUUUCAAGCAUCAGAUUCUAAAUUUUGACGCUGACCACGAAAAUUUUCUUGUAGAGACGGUAGAAGAAGAAGGAGAAGCGCAAGGGAAAACAAUGUGAGAUAUGCCACCGCCAGUACAGACCAAU